GUACACUUAAAAAAACCAUUAAUAAGCAAGGCCCAAAUGGAGUUAAAAUACAGCAACAGUCGUAACCUUCUGGCUCCGGAAGAGGGUUUAAUGUUCCCGGUUAGUGAUAAUCACGUCGAACUCAAACGGAAACACACAUUUUCGUCACAGAGUUGUUUGUUUUCCGUUAAACGGCGUGAAAGAUGCCGGAGACGAGUCAGGACCCGAUCUCACUCACAGAUCCGAUCGAUCAGUUACCUCUCCGGCUACUACGAUCGGAGAUCGUCCCGCCGGCUCCGUCUCGAUCCAACUCUUCAAUCGACUGGCUCCCCGACUUCGCCGGCUACUCAUGGCUCGCUUACGGAGCUUCCUCUCUCCUCGUCGUCUCCCACCUCCCUUCCCCUCUCCGCGGCGAAGACUCUGCCAACGGACCGCUUUUCCGUCAGAUUCUCGAGGUUUCCGGCGACGUUUCGUCUCCAGUUACCGCCGUUUCGUGGUCUCCUGUUACGCCGUCUGUAGGCGAGCUCGCGGUUGGGUCUGGGAGCUACGUUCGCCUCUUCGCGCGUGAUCUUAGCGAUCUGAACGGUUCUUUUUAUUGGAGUCAGAGUGCUGUGUUGCUGCAAGAAACAAAAGUUGAAGCGAUUGAGUGGACUGGAUGCGGGGAUGGGAUGAUAGUUGGUGGAACUGAUAUUGUUUUGUGGAAGAGAAAGAACCAAUCCUGGGAAAUAGCUUGGAAGUUCCCAGGGGAUUACCUUCAAGAUCUGGUUUCCUCCACCUGGUCAAUCGAGGGUCCUUUUGCGUCGGCAGCUUCUUGGAGCAAGUUUCCGUCGGAGUGUGAUGAGGCAGGUAGAGGUGUCUUGGCCUAUUACAGUGACGGGGGGAUAUAUCGUAAAGUUGAAUUGCCUCAUCCUCAGAGGAUAUCCACGAUUCAGUGGAGACCGGUGGCUGCAGAGCAGUCUGUAGAAUGCGCGGGGAAAUCAGUGAGGAAUGUGCUGAUGACGUGUUGUUUGGAUGGGGCUGUAAGGUUAUGGUGUGAGGUAGAUGGUGGAAAGAGUAAAAAAGGCAUGAGAGAUGGGCAUAAAAAGUCUUUUUGCGUGGCAGCUGUGAUAGAGAUAAAUCAGGUUUUGGAUGGUUGUUUGGGGAGAGAUUUAUUUGUUUUUUGGGGAACUCGCUCAGGGGGUAUAUUGAAAACCAUUGAAGGUGCUAAUCAAUUGUUUACUACGGAGAAGUAUGAUCAUGAGAAUGUUGGCAACUGCGAGUGGUUAGUAGGGCAAGGCCCUGGGAAAUCUGCUUCUUUGUGGGCUGUCCAUUGUCUUGAUGACAUCUCUCCUAUGAGGUUUCCGAGGAUUACAUUGUGGGCGAGCCAAGAAACGAAUGGAACUAGUCUGGAACCACUCUCUAUAACUGAUGCUACAGGUUUUUCUGAUCGAUUACCCCUUAAGAAAGUUUCUGUAUUGAGAAACAACCUUUAUGGCACGCCAGAUAUCUGCUCUUCCAUUUAUUUAUCUUCACGCAAUACCAUAUAUUGGUCCUCCUUGCACACAGUAAAAUCACAUGCCUUAGAAGAUUCACCUCCAGAUAAAUCCAGCGUAUUGCAGUGCAUCACGGAAAAAGUAUUAGAUCUUGAUGGUCAUGGUGGGAAAAUCCUACAGGUUGCCUUUACUCCUAUCAUAAGUGAGGCGGGAUACACUGCUUCUCUGGAUUAUAAUGGUUUGAUAAUAAUCUGGUCCUCUUGUGAUUAUUUGAACCGUGCUAUUGACCAUCCUAUAUCAGUUUCUUCCUGGAAACAUUGUGGACGGCUUCAAAAUCAAGAGUUAAGAUUGAAGUACACGAGUAUAUGCUGGGCACCUUCAUCAUUGAAUGAUGAGAGCUUUCUACUUGCGGGACAUGUACAAGGCAUUGAUUGUUAUAGUGUGAGGAAAGGCGGGAGCGGUUAUGGUGGUUUUCUUACCCAUUACAUAUGUACCAUACCGUUAGCAGUUAGCCAGCCUUUUGAGGAUGGUCCGACCAGCAUAUUUGCAAGACCUCUUCCAGAUUCUUGUGGAAAGACAUUCAAAACUAACAGGUUUUUGCUUCUAAGUGUAUGGAUGAAAGAUAAACGGUUUGAUGCUCUGUCAUGGAAAGUGACCCUGCAUCAUUUUGAUGCAGCAGGAAGCACCUGCGACUGUCAUUUUCAUGAUUUUGACAGCAUGGAAUCGGGCAAGUGGUUGUUCGAAGAUACUUUUGCUGGUAAGAAAAAUUGCAUUGCUGUUAGAUCAUGCUCUUCAGAAUUACCUGAAUCUCAUCGUUAUGAUGAAGUAACUAGUUUUGCUGUGGUCAAUCCGAGCGGCAGGGCCCUAGAGAAGGACAUGAACAUUGAAAGUCAAGCUUAUACUAUGGCAACUGGUCAUGAUAAUGGCUCUUUAAAACUGUGGAGAAGUAGCCUUCAGGAAAGUUCAACACCUUCCAUUAUGUGGGAGCUUGUUGGCAUGCUUACCAUUGGCAAAAGUCCUGUCAGUGCUAUAUCUCUAACUGAGUCGGGACACAAGAUCGCAGCCCUCUGCACAGAGAAUCAUUCAAAAGCUGUUCGAACAAUUAGCGUAUGGGAGAUUGUACACCUUCUCGAUUCAGGGGUUUUCAUACUAGAGGAUAAGUUACAUGUUGAUGCAGAGGUUGUUGCUGUAAGAUGGUCAACUGUGGGAAAUGAUCAGCUAAUUCUUGGAGUUUGCACACAGAAUGAGAUGCGGGUAUAUGGUAUUGCUCGGCAACCCUGCAGAAGUACCAGUUUCGCUGUCUCUGAUUAUUCUUCAGAGGCACAAAUUUGGCAAUGCUUCGCUGUUACUCGUACAUUUUCUGCUAUUCAUGAUUUAUGGUGGGGAUCCAAAGCCAUGACUGCACUGGCUCAUAAUGAUUAUGUUAGCCUACAUGGUCAAUGGCUGGCCGUUACUGACAAGAAGCAAAAGACUGAUAACAAUCCAGAAAUUUUUGCAGCCAAUCUUCCGAAACUAGUGAAUACUACAGAAGGCAGAGACUCUGAAUUGUUAUCUAAUAGUAUGCCUUUAACUGCGACCGCAUAUGGUUCAGAUACUCUUAAGGACACGACAAGCAUGUUGCAUAUUGUGGAAAAGUUAGGAGGCGCCUUGCCACUCUAUCAUCCUCAUGCCCUCCUUGUCGCUAUACGUUCAGGCAACUGGAAACGAGCAAGCGCAGCUUUAAGGCAUCUUGCUGAGAAUAUUACUUCAGGUGAUGCCUCCGUGAAGGAUCACGGUGUAAAGUCAGAUCUUUGUCAGGAUAUCCUUUUGUCAAAAUAUUAUGAAGGGUCUGUCUCCAAUGGCCCAAAUCGUAAGGAUUUCCAUUGGGGUGGGACAUCUGGUUCAAUGCUACAGAAUUCUCAGUUUCAGGCAGGGUUGCAGUCAAAUUUCAGUAUGGAUUCUUAUAGUCCCAUGGUGUCACAUGAAAUUGGUAAUCCACAUUCGACUUCUGUCUAUGCAAGUCUUGAUGAAGCUGGGUGUAGAUUUUGGAUCACACUUAGGUUUAAGCAGCUGUACUUAGCUCGAAGUUCUGGCAAACCAGCAUCUGUAGAAGAGUUGGAUAUUGACUCUAGUAUGAUAGGAUGGGCUUUUCACUCAGAGUCUCAAGAAAAUCUGUCUGGUUCUCUUUUACCCAUUGAAUCAUCAUGGCAACAAAUGCGCUCACUGGGUUUUGGAUUUUGGUGUUCAGAUGUAGCACAGUUGCGCCCACGAAUGGAGAAACUGGCCCGGCAGCAAUACCUGAAGAACAAGAAACCUAAAGAUUGUGCGCUUCUCUACAUAGCUUUAAAUAGAAUUCAAGUUUUGGCUGGUCUUUUUAAAAUAAGCAAGGAUGAGAAAGAUAAACCCUUGGUGGGUUUUCUUUCACGCAAUUUUCAGGAAGAGAAAAAUAAGGCAGCAGCCUUGAAAAAUGCGUAUGUGCUAAUGGGUAAACACCAACUGGAGCUGGCUAUAGGUUUCUUUCUCCUUGGAGGUGAAGCUUCAUCGGCGAUAAAUGUCUGUGUGAAAAAUCUUCAAGAUGAGCAGCUUGCGCUCGUAAUUUGCCGGCUUGUUGAUGGGCAGGGUGGGGCACUGGAAAGUAAUCUUAUAAAUAAAUACAUACUCCCAUCUGCUGUUCGGAGAGGAGACUUUUGGCUGGCAAGCAUACUUAAGUGGGAAUUAGGAGAGUAUCAUCAGUCAAUUCUUGCUAUGGCUGGAAGUCUAGAGAACCCUGCUAAUGGGAGCUCUACUGUUACUUCAAAUCACAUCUCUUUUGUGGAUCCUAGUAUUGGAUUAUACUGUCUCAUGUUGACUACAAAAAAUAGUCUGAAGAAUGCAGUGGGGGAAAGAAAUGCUUCAAACCUUAGUAGAUGGGCAACCUUGAUGACUGCUACCGCCUUCAGCAGAUGUGGGCUUCCGCUCGAGGCGUUAGAAUGUCUUUCAGCAUCUGCCAGCGGUCAUGGUGGUACGCAUCAGGCUAGCGGUCAAAGUAAUGGACAUUUGGGUACUCCACGUGGUGUUCUUGAGCUUUCUGAUCCUAAUUCUAAUUGGGUGUCAAGCGGUGUUUCAUCUACUGUGGACACUCGUUUUAAACUGAGUCUAGCCGCCCAUUCCCUCUCAAAGCUAUUAAGGGAAGCAACUGCACUAUUAAGGAGUUCUGAAAUUGUUUUGUGUGAGAAACUCUCUGGAUUUCAACAUAAGCUACAAACAUCUUUGGAGCUAUUUUACCAGAGGUUUUCUUUAUCUUCAUCUUUCCUACGUAAUACGAUGAGUAUGUCAGCAUACAACAGUGGGUUACUACUAUCCAUGGGAUACAAUGUAUUUCAGGAAAAUAGUUCCUCAGGACGCUCACUAAAUAAGUCCCAGACAAAUGAAGAUCUCCUCCAAUAUUCAGCUUUGUGUAAAUUGAUUCUAAAAGCGACCGAAGAGAACUCGUUUAUAUUGUCACGUAUCAUUGCUGCAUGCAGUGUCACUUGCUUUCACUCAGUGCCAUGCUUAGAGGAAAACAAGGUGUCAUCUGGACCUGAGCCAAAGUUGUCUAAUGCUUUACGAUUUUACUUUCAGGGCAUUCUGCAAUCCUUCUCUAGUUUUGAAACUACUAUAAGGCUGUGCUUGAACUCCUCUUUGGAAGACGUGAAAACAAGACUCGCCGUUGUUCUUGAUUUAGUCGAAUAUUGCUCAAGACUCGCAAUGGCUUGGAUCCUAGGGGAUGUAGACUGUCUCUUUCGAAUGGUGCAGCCUUUGACGAUAUCAUAUUUUCAUGGACAUAUGCCUUACGAGGUCGACCUGGAAAGCCUGAAGAGAGUGUACCACCAAGAAGUUUCUGUUAGUGUUCCAGAUGCGUCAGAUGCAGGACUUAAUUCUAUUGUUGAGAACAACGAAGUUGGAUACCCAGUGAGCUCAAUUCCAGGAGAUGAAAGGCGUCUUGUAACACAAGCAUGUUUCUGGAGGCAUGUUUCGGACUUUGUGAAACAUAAGAUGGUAUCGACUUCGAUUGAUCUAGAUGAUGGUAUCUCGAAUAGUGAAUCCUCAGAGAAAUUUGAUGCUCAGACAUCGUUCGAUUCUAGUGGUGACAUUGUAUGUGUAACUGAGAAGAUCAUGUCCGUUCUGGGAAAAACACUGGUUAGCACCAUAGCUCAACUGUCUUCCUACCAUGUAAAACAACUUGUACUGUCCUUGAAACAGAAAUUAGAGAAGAGAAUUCAGGUUCCUACCUUGUUAUGGUUGCACGGAUGUCGGGAAUCUCAGGCAAAUUUUAUUAAUCGAGCUAUCCCAGAUUCAAGUACAGAGAAUGAAGACAACAGCGACCUUGCAGUUUCUGUGAGGUUUUGGACACUUUGCGUUGAUCCUCAUUUAGUACUCGAAGCUUUCUUGCUAGAAAAUUUUGACAUAUCUGAAUGGUCAAAACUUAAACCAUUGGAAGAUUGGAGCAAUAUGUACAGAGAAAUAAAGGGGAAGAAUGAGCUCAAUGUGCCAUGCAAUCAAGAUGGUCUGAGUAGUAAUGAAGUGGCUUCACUUGCAAACCACGCUUCUAAUUCUUCGCAGAAAACUGCAACUGCCAGUGAAAAUUCUGCUUUCCAGGACCCCAAAGAAAUCCAUAAGAGGACCGGGGAGCUUAUACAGGCCAUUUGUAUCAAUGCCAUCAACCAUCGGCAAGCUGCACUAGCUAGCAACCGCAAGGGUAUAAUUUUCUUUAACCAAGAAGAUGGUGGUCCUUGCUAUGAUCAGUCAAACUAUAUUUGGUCAGAUGCUGAUUGGCCACGUAAUGGUUGGGCUAACUCUGAGUCAACCCCUGUUCCAACAUGUGUCUCACUCGGUGUUGGUCUUGGGGACAAAAAAGGAGCACACCUUGGGUUAGGUGGGGCCACUGUUGGUGAUUUUUCUCUUUCCAAGCCAUGGAAAUCUCACAGGGUUCCGGCUUACACUGGGUUAGGAGUCUCUGGUCUAGGUUGGCAAACUCAAGAAGAUUUUGAGCAGUUUAUUGAUCCUCCCCCAACAGUUGAAACUGUUAUUGCAAGCGCAUUCUCUAGUCACCCAACAAUGCCUCUCUUCUUGGUUGGCUCAAGCAACACUCACAUUUACUUGUGGGAGUUUGGAAAAGACAGAGCUACUGCAACUUACGGUGUCCUGCCUGCUGCAAAUGUUCCUCCUCCAUAUGCUUUGGCGUCAAUAUCAGCAGUUCAAUUCGGUCCAUGCGGACACAGAUUUGCUAGCGCUGCACUUGAUGGAACGGUAUGCACCUGGCAAUCAGAAGUUGGAGGAAGAAGCAAUGUCUAUCCUGUUGAGUCAUCUAUUUGCUUCAAUGGCUUUGCAUCAGAUGUGAAAUAUAUUAGUUCGAGUGGAUCUAUAGUUGCAGCUUCAGGAUAUAGCUCAAGUGGUGCCAACGUAGUUGUAUGGGAUACUCUAGCUCCCCCUUCAACCUCCCAGGCAUCUAUCAGUUGUCAUGAAGGUGGUGCACGCUCAAUCUCGGUGUUUGAUAAUGACAUUGGUAGUGGCUCGAUUUCUCCAAUGAUUGUAACUGGCAAAAACAAGAAGCAGAGGAACGCUGACGGAAGAUCUUCUACUGACGGAGAUCAGAACAAGAAUGGGAUGCUUUGGUAUAUACCAAAGGCUCACUUAGGGAGUGUGACCAAGAUAUCGACAAUACCACGGACAAGUCUGUUCUUGACAGGAAGCAAAGACGGAGAUGUGAAACUUUGGGAUGCAAAAGCAGCAAAGAUGAUUCAUCACUGGCCUAAACUACACGAAAGGCACACUUUUCUGCAGCCAAACUCUAGAGGCUACGGUGGAAUCAUCCGAGCUGGGGUGACAGACAUACAAGUUUGUCCGAAUGGAUUCAUCACUUGUGGUGGUGAUGGCACUGUGAAGUUCGUCAGCCUCAGAAAUUCCUAACUGCUAUUGCCGAGAAAACGAGCUUAGGCUUGAAUGUUUCUAUUGAAUACGUGAUUUCUUCUCAAAAGGUAUAUUUCAGAUUCGUUAAUUUUUUUUUGUAAUGCAUUAUUUUUUCCCACCUAUGGUAUAUUUUGUGUGUUCACAUACACGCACAUUAAGAUAAUUACGAAGAAUUGCCAAGAAAUGUUGAAUUGACCUUAAUCCAAAAUUUUAAACUUUUAUUUGACUUGA